AUGCUGCAACGCACCGGAGCUGGUGUGAACCGGCCCUCAAUAAAGGAAGACGGUGGGACUGGCAGGAUCAACCGGCUCUGCUGCCUGUUAGAUGUGGAUCUUGGCCUGGACUUUGACUGUGCUCCUGCUUUCCGAAAUAGUCCCUCUGCUGCCUGGUUGUUACGGACUCCUGCUUGCCCUGACUGUGAUUCCACUUCCUGCUCCUGUGAGUUCCUGUUCCCGAUCUGCCGCUCACCACCACGUUCCCCACCUCCACGUGGUGGUGUGAAAGCCGUGACAAGGCAAAUUAACUUGUCUUACGUUGGGACUUGUGACAUAAGGAAAGGAGAAGUCAGCGAGGGGCGAUAUAUUUCCCUUCGCUUUCUGUCCCAUAUAGCCUUGAAGAUUUCUAAUGUUUUGUACUUUGUUGGUUUGUCUAGCUCUCCCACAUCCAGCUGCUGCUCUCAAGGUCUUCAAACACAUGAUGAUGUCAAGGAAUAUUAUGGUAAAUACUUAAAGAACUCAAAAGACUUGAAAACCAAUGCAUGCGUAACCCCAGCAAAGCCAAUUCCCAGAUACAUCCUGGAUGCCUUAAAAGAGGUUCACAGUGAAGUCUCUUCAAGGUAUUAUGGUUGUGGAAUUGUGGUACCAGAAUGUCUGGAGAACUGCAGGAUCCUGGAUCUAGGCAGUGGAAGUGGAAGAGACUGUUAUAUGCUGAGUAAGCUGGUUGGACAGAAGGGGUAUGUCACUGGAGUGGACAUGACUGAUGAACAGGUGGAAGUUUCCAGAAAGUACAUUGACUAUCAUGUGAAAAAAUUUGGCCACCAGCAGCCCAAUAUUAACUUUGUACACGGCUAUAUUGAAGAUCUUAAAAGUGCUGGCAUAGAAGACCGGAGCUAUGAUAUUAUAAUAUCCAAUUGUGUCAUAAACCUGUCUCCGGAUAAGAAGGCUGUGCUAAAAGAAGCUUUUCGAGUGCUGAAGGAUGGUGGAGAGAUGUACUUCAGUGAUGUCUAUUCUGACAAGCCAAUUCCAAGUGAAUUAAAGCAAAACAAAGUUCUGUGGGGAGAAUGCAUUAGCGGUGCCCUCUGCUGGGAAGAAGUUUAUCAGAUUGCUGAAGAAAUUGGUUUUGCCCCCCCACGUUUAGUCACCUCCAGUAACAUCACAGUGGAUAACAAAGACCUGGAAGAAAUUAUUGGCGACUACAAGUUUGUCUCCGCUACGUUUCGCCUCUUCAAGCUGCCUCAGGAAUAUGUGAAGGAAAAGGGUCAGGUUAUCUAUAAUGGAGGAGUCACAGGCUGUGAGACAGAAAUACAGUUUGAUGCAAAUGUCACUUUUAAGGAAGGUGAAGUUGUGGAAGUCGAUGAAGAAUUGUGGAGCAUCCUCAAGAGUUCACGAUUUUCGGAUGAGUUUCUGUUUCAGCCUGCCGGGAAGGCAAAAUCUUGCCAGAAGAAAAAGGAAACUAUCAAGAAUCCAUUUCAGCUGGCUGCAGAGAAUACCAAAUCUCCUCAGACACCCAGUAAUGGUAGCUGCUGUGGACCAAAAGGAUGUUGCUAAAGA